AGGAUUGAGAGCCGCGCACAUGACCCACUGGGUCUCAAGGUCAUCUAUAGGCCACCCAGCGAGCGUCGGGCUGAUGUCGUCUUCAUUCACGGCUUGGGCGGAAGUAGUCGUAUGACCUGGUCGCUAAAUAGAGACCUGAAUUACUUCUGGCCUCUCCAGUUUCUGCCACAGGAAGCAGAUAUAAGAGACACGCGCAUCUUGUCCUUCGGCUACAAUGCAGACUUCCGCCCGGGCAGUGGUAAGACUAAGGCCUCGAUUCUCGACUUUUCUAAGGAUCUUCUCUAUGAUCUAAAGUUCGCCCAGGACGAGUCAGGUGCGGAAAUAUGUGACCUGAAGAUGGGAGAGAAACCUAUCAUAUUCGUUGUCCAUUCGAUGGGCGGGCUAUUGAUCAAAGAGGCAUAUCUACAGGGGCAGAAUGAUCCAACGUACCAAGACAUCGUCAAAGCCAUAACGUCAAUAAUCUUUCUGUCGACUCCUCACCGUGGAACGCAUCUAGCUGAGACGUUGAAUCGAAUUCUCCAAGUGUCUUUUGUAACGAGUCCUAUGCAGUUCAUCGCGGAACUAAUUGAAGGUUCCCAGACGCUCCAGAAGUUGAAUGAGCAAUUCCGUCACGUAGCUCCAAAGCUCCGCAUAGUGUCAUUUUAUGAGACCCGCCCAACGCCAAUCGCUAAGAAAGCCCAUGUUAUGGUGCUCGAAAAGGAUUCCUCUGUGCUGGGUUACCCAGGAGAGAUAUCCAAGCCGCUCGACGCUGAUCACCAUGGGGUCUGCAAAUAUGAAAGUCGUGAUGAUCCGAGAUACGUGACUGUUCGGAACGCUCUGAAGUCUCUGAUUGGGAAAGCUGACCCAUCACCACCUGCGCAGAUUCUCGGAAAGGACACAGCAUCCAACUUUCAAGCCUAUCUGGAUGUUGCCGAGUCACCAGAGAAGGACUAUAACUUCUUUCGCGAUCAAUGGGUUAAUGGGACGUGCGCAUGGCUUUUGAGUCAUGAGGCAUUUGAAUCCUGGAUCAACGCCAAUGACCAUCAAGCCCGUCUCCUAUGGAUUCAUGGGAACGCUGCUUCGGGGAAGUCGGUCCUCUCAUCGUUCGUGGUCGAACACCUCGUUCAAUCAGGCUUGUUAUGUGGCUACUUCUUUGUCCGUUACAGCGACCUAAAAAAGCGAGCUCCAAGCCUCAUCUUGCGCUCGAUUGCCUGCCAGAUAGCUGCGAACGUCCCUGCAUAUGCCGAGAAAAUCCGUGAGUUGGAAGCAGUGGCACCACAUCUAAAAACAGCACACUUUCGGCUGGUAUGGCAGUCAUUGUACAAGCAAAUUUUGUUGCAGCUGCCAAAAGACCAGCCAAUCUACCUCGUCCUCGAUGGCCUCGACGAGGCCGACCAUCCAGGUAAUCUAAUAAAACUAUUUGGCGAUCUUCAAUUAAUCUCUUGGCCAUUGCGAAUCCUUUUGGUCAGUCGGAAAACGCACGAAAUCUCAUCCGCUUGGCUAAGGCUAGGCCGUCACGUUCAUACUGAAACAAUUCCGCUUGAAGGCAAUAGCGAGGAUUUCCGUUCGUACAUAAGUCAAGAAAUGGACAUGGCGGAUGACGAGGCCUAUCGAGAAGAAGUCACGCAAAGGCUGCUUGAACGUGCAAGGGGAAAUUUUCUUUGGGUCCAUCUGACCGUCCAGAAGAUUAAUGGUUGUUACACGACCAAGGAUAUAGAGGAGGCGCUGACAAAUCUCCCCCCGGGCAUGGAAAACCUUUACAAUCGAAUGGCGCAAGCAGUCCAAGCACAAGCAAGCAAGGAUGGCCACAGACUUGGGAUGAGUAUCCUAGGCUGGGCGGCCUGUGCACAACGCUUGCUCAGUGUGGACGAACUCGGGGAUGCUCUUAGCAGUGAGGGGUUGAUCGAGAUGCACAGAACCAUCGGAAACCUCUGUGGUGGUUUUGUGGUCGUCGAUAUUGAAGGAAAGGUCUCUAUGGUGCAUGAAACAGCACGUGAUUACUUGAUGCGUGCGGAUCAAGGCCCCGAGCGGCCUUUUUUGGUGGACAAAAAGGCGUCCCAUAUGGCACUGUUCCAGCGGUGCAUUACGCGUCUCACGGAUCCUGCACUUCGAAGUCUUAUCACAAGGAAUAGACCACCAGGCUUGCUUGACUAUGCAGCGUCGUACUGGUUCAUACAUCUUUCUCAUUGCAACUUUAUGGAUCCACAUGUUCUCUCCACAACGGCGAAGUUCUUUAAAGGCCGUCACAUUCUGACUUGGAUUAGCAUUGCCGCCACAGCGCAACAGCUCAAAACUUUGGUUGUCGCUUCGCGCUACCUCACAGACAUUGUUCAGAAGUUGCGUCGAGCAGAGAGUGGAAUGCCGCUGGACUUCCGUCAAGCCAUCGACGUGAUUGAUGGCUGGGCGACCGACAUGGUCAAGAUUGUAGGGAAAUUUGGUGACCGCCUAAUAAAAUACCCAGAUUCUAUCCUCAAACUAAUACCACCAUUUUGCCCGGAGACCUCGAUGAUUUACCAGCAGUUUGGCCGUAGAGAAAGCAAGUCACUGCAAGUAAGCUUCUCUGGCAAUAGUACCUGGGAUGACUGCCUUGCCCGGUUCUCCAUGGACGAAGGACUUGUAGCAUCCGCCGUGGUGACUGGAGGCAGUCACAUCGCCAUUCUUGCGACGGUCCGAUGUACUAGUCAUAUUUACCUAUACAACUCACACACGUUUGAGAGGCAAAGAUGUAUGAACCAUCCGGAAAGAGUCUUCAACAUUCACUUGGAUCGCUCUGGCAAAGUGUUGGUUAGUUAUGGGUACCUGACAACAAGGGUGUGGGACGUCACAAAUGGGAAAUGCCUGAAGGUUUUGACAAAUCCAGACCGACGACCCAAGCCCCACACCAUGGUGUUUUUCGAUGAAGGCAAGCGCUUUAUUAUUGGGAGCGAAGACAGAUGCGUUCGUUCCUUCUCACUAGACGCAGAAGAUGAUGAAGGGUGGAAGGAGAUAGUUCAGAUCGAGGAGCAGAACCUAGAGAACACUAUGCUCAACUUCCCUAUGUGCUCUGCAUUGAGUCCGGAUGGCACAAUGAUUGCUUACGGGUACCGUGCGUACCCCAUGACAGUCUGGGAGCUAGAACCUGCCAAUCUGAUCGCCCACUGCAGCUUAGAGCUUGACUCGACGGAUAUGACGAUUCAGGAAAAUACGUUCGGGGAGGUUUUCCGGGUCGCUUGGCAUCCCUUGAGUGACGACCGGGAGGUCUUUGGCCUUACUCAAGUGGGACUCUUGUUCAAAUGGAGCCCCUACGAGGAUGUGCCCAGCGCGACAGUUAAUACUACGGCACAUAACAUGGCCGUGAGCGAAGAUGGAGUACUCAUCGCGACAGGGGACGCCUUAGGCACCGUCAAGGUGUUUGCCACCGCCGAUCUGUCCAUGCUUUACCAACUCUCAUCGCAAGAUCCUGUCAUGAGCAUCAUCUUCAGCACAGACUCGAGACGACUAUAUGACGUGCGCGGCAGUUAUGGCAAUGUGUGGCAGCCGAACACGUUAGCUAGGAUCGCCGAUACUUCAGAGUACCCCGACCAUAACAGUGAUUCGAUUAGCGAGGUAGAGAGCUUCGCCGGGAACUCGCUACAGCCCGAGCACCAUACUGUCAGGACUGAUAAUGUGAUCACCAUCGCAGGACAAUCCGUCGGAUCACUGUACUGUUACGGUACCGAGGAUGGGAUCGCAGCGCUUUGCGAGGUCGGUUGUGGCAAGAUUAUGGAGCUGGAACGACUGGAAAGCUUUAUGCCUAUCGAGCAGGUAGCUUGGUCAGUUGAUGGGAAGCUCGUGUGCAUUGCUCAACUAGGAGGAAAACUGAGCAUCAAGAGAGUCCUGCGGGCUGGUGUAAAUGGAGGCUCAGUAGAGGUCCAGCAACAAUUGGAGCUUCAGCUUCCACCAGACCACGGGCACAUCACCCAGCUCAUCUUCCACAGCACGAGAUACCAACUCCUGAUUUCAACACCGAAAAGGCUAUUCCUGCUGGACAUAGUAUCAAGUGGGUUGAAGCAGACCGACCUAUCCCAGGACAUCCGUGUUCGUUGGGUAUCGCACUCGGCGCUCCCCGACUACUUGCUGGGCUUCGAUAGCACUAAAAUGCACAUUUACGAGUGGAGUAGUCUGAAGCAGCUCAUUUCGGAGACACGAACAUACUUUCCGCCCCGUACUGAGAGUCGCACCUCAACCUUGCCGACAGGUCCCAGUCUGUUCAGGAGCGGAACUAGUUUAAAGGCGGAGCACGAUUUCUUGGGGAGGCUGGUAGCGUCAGACACUGACUCAUCAAAUAUCCUGCUCCAGUUAUGGUCAUCAUAUACUUUGGACCAGGUUAAACCUGAAUAUCUUAUCUUUGAUGUGGACGAAGUAGUCAAGUCUUGUAACGAGAUUGGGGACGAUACCUUGCCGAAUAAGUCCGGAGAUGCUAGACAGCUCUCGUACUCCUUGCUUCCGACUGAGGUGGCGUCGUGCAUACGAGAACCCCUCGCGUGCCUUUCCCGGGGGAGAUUAGUCUUCCUCGACAUCGAUCGCUGGAUCUGCACGUGGAGAUUACCGUCGGCCGUAUCCCGCGCCAGCAGAGUCCCGACACGGGGAGGAGGAGGAUUCAGGAGAGCUGGUGGGGACAAAGUGAGCUCGCAUUCUAUGGAUAUAAAUGGAGUCGAAAUGCACUACUUCUUGCCUGGUGACUGGGUCACGGCCGACGAGGCUCACCUCUGUGAAGUCAUGACUGAUGGAACGUUGCUGUGCCCUCGGCAUGGGGAUGUUGCGGCCGUUCAGUGUGCGAGGCUACGAUCGUAAAUGUGCGUUUAUCGUUUUGUAGAAGAGCACAGUAAUACGACCUUUAGACUCUCAGUUCAAUCCUAUAGACGCUCUGAUACAUCAAAUAGCUACUUAGUUACUGACAAGGUUUUACAUGAAAGUGUUAGCCCUAUUUGCAUCAUAAAGCACUUGGCUGGCAAUUCGGGUGCUCUCGAUGGAGGAUGGAGACUCAUCUGUCUCACUCGCGAUAACAAGAACCGAAACAGCCAUAUUUAUGUAUUCAA